AUGCCUUGUUCCGCCUCCAGAGCGCUUUUAAAGUUGUGAGCGCACAAUAUCUGCAAUUUUACCGUCUCAAUUGAAUUCACAUUGUUUGCUUGAAUAAUAACGUAUUUACCACACCUUCUGCACCACCUAGAUAAGGCUGUUUGUAAAAAAAAUGAUUUUAUUUGAAAAUGAAAUCAAGUUGCCCGAUUUCAUCAUGUGUUUCUUAAAAAUAUUUUCGAACAACCGUUUUAGUGUGGCUAGUAGCAACGAUGUCUUUCGUUAAUGUAAGUCGUAUUCAAUAAUACAGAUUUCACCUAUAUGAGUAUGCAAUUGUUUCCUUCAACAAAAAUAAUGUAUAGAGAAGGUGAAAUACGACGACGAGUCAGAAUGGUGUACACGCACGCAUCCUUCGCAGAAAAUUUCAAAGCGUACUUACUGAGUGAUAGUUUCGAGUUCUCUGAUGAUCAGAGACAGGGUGUUUUAAGAAGAAUUAAGUGCCAGGAGGCGAAAUUAUCUGGGCUGCCAGAACCAGCCCCAUCAUCCUCCGAUGAAUCCGAGUUCGCAGAAGAACCACAAGUUCACAAUAAAGAAUCUACGGCUCCUACGAGGAACACACGCAGGAAGCUGUUUGCCAAUCACGUUAAGGAGCAUAUUGCGGAUAAAUUUCCUCUGUUAGAAAGCCACAUGCUGAAUAAGUUACCAAAUUAUUCCAUUAAGGAAGAUGCUAGAGCAUUAGCGUAUGCCGCAGGGGUGUCAGUUUCACUAAUGAAAAUGUGGGGAAUUUAUUAAUUUGCUUUCUUCUGUUUGAAUAUAAGGAAGGAUCCAUCGAGAAAAUACAACGCUUUGAAACUAC